AUGGCUGAACUGGUUGGUGUGAUCGCGAGUGCUCUCACAUUCGGGACUGUUGUUGCACAGCUCACAGCAUCUAUCAACUCUCUGAAGGACUUCUGUGAGCAGAUUCGCGAUUUACCUAGUGAUAUUGGUUGGCUUGUGCAAGACAUCGAGGUCCUUGGUCUCGUCCUAGGUGACAUCGAGGCCGACUUAGUGCGAGAGCCAAUUAAGUCAGGCCUAAACAAUAAUAAGCAUGUCCAGCAAUGUCAUCAGUUUUGCGUAGAAGCCGCCGCAAAAUUGGAAACAACGUACAGGGCCCUGAUGCAAGAUAUUCAAUCCGGCGCUCGAAUACCUCAGUAUUAUGCUAUGACGAAGCUCGUAAUGCGGAGGGGAAGGAUAGAGAAGCAUAAAUCACGUCUACAGGAUGUGAUUCGUUUACUUUUAUUAUCUCAACAAUGCUACACAAGAAAUUAUCCUACAGCUGGAGUAGGUGUUGGCAGGAAACCAUCCAGCUCUCGGUGCAAGGCUUUCGUGUGGCGUGCUUCUCUGCCGCAUUGGGUAACUACCAAAGCCUUGGAAAUAAGUGGUCUGAAAUUCCCUGACGGCUGGCAAUGGAUCUUUCGGACGUACAACACAAUUCCACUCGAUUCGGAUGUGGUCGAUCUCACCAUGUAUGGCGACAUCCAAGGUCUGCGGAGACUUUUUGCCUCUAAGCAAGCUUCGCCAUUCGAUCGAAUUGAGGGGAAUGGAUAUACAUUACUCCAUUAUGCUGUACCUGGACCAAACGGGCAUAAAGUUCUCGAGUUCCUUUUAAAUGAGGGAGCGGACGUGUCUAUUGCGGGCGGUUCUCGUAAGCCCGUCACACCCCUUUCCUAUCUAGUGUGGUCGGGAAGUGUGGGAGGGGGUCAGGGGUGGACUCUGCUCCCUUCUCUUCAGGUCCUUCUUCGUCGCUCGGAGGAGCUCUAUGAAACUCCUGAAGAAACAAUUAAUGGAUUUCUAUCAGAGUUUCACGGAACAGCUGAAGAGUUUCGUUUUUGUCAACAAAGGUGCUGUCCGAACUUUUACCAAAUGCCACAAUGGACACGAGUGGCAGUGGCUGCUACCGCGGCAUCCGGGGUCUGGGACGCCUACCAUAUGCCUGAAACGAUUCGGACAAUUCUAGGAGAGACUGAAUUGGGAGCAGAAUUGCUCGGACAAUGUGGCACAGAAACUUGGCACAAGUCUGGCUGA